AUGAAGAAGAGGAUGAAGAUGAAGAAGCAGCUGGAGAACAUCCAUCACCCCAGGAACGAGGACAUGUUCAUGUUCUACCAGGAAGCAGGAGAGGUGGAGAACAUCCAUCACUCCAGGAACCAGGAGGAAGCAGCCGUCGCCGUGACGACCAGGACGUCUGGGUUUCAGUUCUGCCAUGAGAGCUGGCGGAGGAACCAGCAGGAACCUGCAGGGGAGCUAACGGACCGGGACCAGGACCGGGACCAGGACCAGGAUUUAGCAGAGAUGUCCGGGUGGAGAGGGAGGCUGGUGCUGUGGACGCUAGCAGCCGCGCUGCUGCUGUCGGGUUACCUGUACACGGGAACAGGUGCCAGUCUGGAUUGGUCGGGGGGUUCGGGGGAGAAUCCUGGACCACCAGAGCUGGCGGAGGGUUCUGACCAUCUUUCCUUCAGGAGACACUCGUCUCUGACCCGAAGGAAGAGGGACAUCCUGUUUCCCAGCGGAGUGAAGCUCUGCAACCAGGAGACGUUUAACCAGGCCGUCAGCAACCACCUCAAUUACUUCCACCUAAGAGUUUGCCAGGAGACGGUGUGGGAAGCCUUCAAGAUCUUCUGGGACCGGCCUCGUCUUCGUUGUCGUUAG